GGAAUUGAUGGUAACAAUAGUAACAUGCUUGCAACUUUGGUCAACGAACUGACUAAAUAUAAAGGAAUGAUCUUCAUAGUAGCAAACGGGAAUAGCGGUUCAGAUGGUAUAUUCACUAGUAGUUUGCCAGCGACGGCUCAAAGUUCUAUUGGUGUUGGUUCAUUCGAGACAAAUAAAGUCUUGAAUUUUAAAGCAUUUGAUCCGAAGAAUCCAAAUUUUGUUAUUAAUUAUGCUACGAAUGAUGCAUUAGCGUUUCCUUUUAAAAGUGCUAAAGUUAAGUUGUUUCCAAUGGAUAAAUGUUUGAAUGAUUAUAAAGGAUUUGAUAAUACAGUAAUUAUAGUUGACAUUAGAACUGUAUUGAAAUGCCCAGUAUCAACAGUUAUUCUUGCUAAAAUAAAGCCACUCGCCGUAUUAGUAUCCGUUAGUAAGCUUACUGUUGUACUUCAAUACCGACAAAUACCAUAUUUACCAACGAACUACGGAGCGCAGAUUACUUCAAAACAAACCGAUAUCUUAAUUGAAUAUCUUGAAAGAAACCCAAAUUUAGAAUUAGAUUUUUCUAAUAAUUACGGAUACAUGGAAUACCAUCCAUUUGCUGUAACUCCUUCUGUAUUUUCUAGUUGGGGUUUAUCUCAAGAGUUUGAUAUCAAGCCCGAGGUUUGCGCACCUGGAGGAUCAAUUCUUUCGGCUUUUCCGGUUAAUAUAGGUUCUUAUACGAUAAAAAGUGGUACAAGUCUAGCUGCACCGUAUAUGACAGGCGUAGCAGCAUUAUAUUUUGAAAUGUUCGGAAAAGCAAAGUCUCCCGAACAAUUAAAAACCGCAUUCAUGAAUUAUGCCGUCCCUCUUGAAAAUCGUGAUGGAUUAUUAGCUUCGGUACUUCAUCAAGGCGCUGGACUUAUUGACGCUUUUAAUACAAUAUUAGCAACCA